AUGAGAACAAAAUCAGAGAAGUUCAGAGAGAUGAUUCAACAGCUGGCUCUGAUCACAAUCCUUGGACUAGCAUGGACGACAGUAACUGGACUGCCGUGCACUCAGAUGUUUCCAUCUCAGUCGCCCCCUUCAAAUAUUAACAGUGUUAGGCCAUCAGAUGUGUCCGUGCUUUCCUCCAUUGGACUACACAUGCACAGCACGGAGCUGUCCAGGGUGGUGUCAAGGCUCAGAGAGCUGAUGACACUGUUCAACCCUGCGCUCGUCAGUGGUCUCUCAGAUGAAACAAAUCUGUAUGCCCCUGAAUUUGUUCAACACAGAACGCUGGUGGAGCAGGCAAACGAAGUGUCCCUCCACCUCCAAAAAAAUCAGGCCAUUAAUGUCGACAGAGAUUGGAAGCUGAUGCUUCUUUUUGUUCCGGUGGAUCAGCUCUGUGCCUGUGAGCAGCAGCAGGUUCAGUCUCUUAUCAAAGCCAUGGUUGAAGAGGUGGAUGAUGCACUGCAGCUGCUGCACUCGCAGCUGAAGCGAACCAUCGUCAGUGUUGCAUUAUGGGAUGGAGAGAGUGACAGUUCCCAAAACAAGAUGUGUCGAUGCAUUGAGACAAAUGGUGAAGGAGAAGCCAGACUUCUGAGGGCCAUGCUGAGUCACGCUCUGCAGGAGUCUUUGGAUGAGCUCAUGGUAAAGAGGCGUUGGUUCAGUGACAGAGAUGACUUCACUGUUGUUGUGCAGGACGCACCUUUUGUCACAGGCGUUUCAUCUGUCUCUAGUGGGAAGCCUCUUUCUGUGACACAAGCAUCACAGCAGACUGAUAAACUGAUGGUGCAGAUGUGGACGAAUCUGCUGCAGCCAACAAGUGACCAACAUAACACAGAAGACAAUGGAAACCUCAUCACACUGCCGUGUCCAACUGAGGGCCGACCCUUCCUGAGGACGGAGGGAAACUCUCCUUCAAAUCACCACCGUGAUGCCUCUCCUCUCUUUCACCCUUUAACAGGCACAGAGAUGACCUGUGAGGACUUCAGCCCCUCACCCUCCACACCCACCUCAGUUCAUGAACUAAGGCCUGCAGAUAUCAAAGUGGUGGCUGCUGUGGGAGACUCUCUGACAGCAGGAAACGGUAUCGCGUCCAGCCCGAGCAACGUCCUGGAUGUCCUUAGACAGUACAGAGGUUUGUCCUGGAGCAUUGGUGGAGAUGAAAACCUCACAACUGUCACCACGCUGCCCAACAUCUUCAAGCAUUUUAACCAUGACCUGAUGGGCUACUCUGUUGGCAUGGGCAAGCAGAACACGCCUCAGGCUUUUCUCAACCAGGCUGUCGCAGGAGCGAAGAGCAAGGACAUACCUUCACAGGUGCGAGCCCUCGUGGCAAGGAUGAAGAAUGACUCUAGAAUCAAUUUUGAGUCAGACUGGAAGGUGAUCACCCUUUUCAUUGGUGGAAAUGACAUCUGCGACCACUGCUACAACUCUCUUUUUUACUCCAAAGAGAAUUUUAUUCGUAGUAUUCGUGACGGCCUGGAUUAUCUGCACAAAGAGGUACCGCGAGCUCUGGUGAACUUGAUCGAGCCUCUCCAUAUUACACCACUCAGAGAAAUGCACAUUGACGCUUCACUGAAAUGCCCAACAUGGCUGGUAAAGAUUCUGUGUCCUUGUGUCAUCUUGCCAAAGCCCAACUCUAAAGCUCUGCAGAAGGUGGAGGACAUCAAUAGAAACUAUCAGCGUUUACUGCAUGACCUUGUGGAGUCGAGUCGGUACGACACUCGCUCAGACUUCACUGUGGUCGUCCAGCCUUUCUUCAGAGAUAUCAACUUCCCCAGACUGCCGGAUGGCCGUGCUGAUCGCUCCUUCUUCAGUGCUGACUGCUUCCAUCUCAGCCAAAAGGCCCAGACGCAGAUGGCUCGCUCUCUCUGGAACAACAUGCUGGAACCUCUGGGCAAUAAAACUACUGUUCAGGACUUUACUGCAGACCUUGCACUGAAAUGUCCAACCAAGACGUCACCAUAUAUCCGGACCUAUAACAACAGCAAUUACACAUAUGCAGGUCCCUCUCCAACACCUGGACCUAUCAAAAAUUGGGGAAGUGACUUCUCCUGUGUGGACAUUGCUCCAUCUGACACCAUGCCAUCUUCAGUUCACAAGCUGAGACCAGCAGACAUUAAGGUGGUGGCAGCACUGGGAGACUCUUCAACGACAGGUAGGGGCGCAAAAGCAAAGAACCUGCUUGGCCUUGAUAAAGAGUAUAAAGGAGUAUCAUGGAGCAUCGGAGGGGAUUAUUCUCUAGAGAGGGUCACAACACUACCAAACAUCUUGAAGAAGUUCAACCCUUUUUUAAAGGGCUUCUCUAAAGGCCAGGGCGACAGGCAGAAGGCCUUCAACAUGGCUGUAUCUGGAGCUAAGACCUCAGAGAUCCCAGCACAAGCAGAAGCUCUCAUCAAGGCCAUGAAAGAAAAUAAGCAAGUGAAUUUUGACAAAGACUGGAAACUUGUAACUAUAUUUAUCGGAGGAAAUGAUCUUUGCCACUACUGCAUAGACCAAAAUAAUCUGUCCCCCAAGAACUACAGUCACAAUCUUAUGCUCACUUUGGACAUGCUUUACGAAGAGGUGCCAAGGCUGCUGGUUAAUGUUGUGACGAUACUGCAGAUAGACCCACUGAAAUCAGUUCAGAAGAACACUCUUGGCUGCUCCCUCUUGCAGAGAACCAGCUGUCCCUGUGUUAUCAACCCAGCUGAAAACUCCCCAGAGAUUGAAGAGAUAAAACGUAUCAAUCGCGACUAUCAGGCUGAGAUCCAGCAUCUUAUUUCAGGAAAUCGCUAUGAUGGAAAAGAAGACUUUUCUGUUGUCCUUCAGCCCUUUUUAAAGAAUUCCUUUAUACCUCGUAUUGGAGUGGGUGAGGCUGACUCGAGUUUCUUCUCUGUGGACUGUUUCCACAUCAGUGAGCGAGCUCAUGCUGAAAUGGCCAUUGGCCUGUGGAAUAAUAUGUUGGAGCCCGUAGGCAGAAAGCAGACCUACAACAACUUCACAUAUGACCGUUCCAAGAUUCACUGUCCCUCAGAGGCUAAUCCUUUCAUCUUCACCAAGAUCAACAGCUUACCAAGUCCACCAGUGACUACCACAACCACUCCUGUUUACACUCCUUCCACAACCACCACUGCUACCACCAGCAGCCCCGAGCCAACCAUCCUGCCCAAGUGUCCUUCCUCAGUGCCUGUGUGGGGGACAGUAAUCGUGGGAAUAACUAGUUUACUGGUUGGCAUUUUUGCCACCUCGCAAAUUUGCAGAUGUCAGCGUCAGAGAAACAAGUAGGUAAAGCCUUUGAAAUGAAAGAAGCCGGUUUUUGAUGCAGAUGCUCCCAUUGUGCUGCAUUUAUUAUGAACAAUAUAUUAAACUCUUAAAGCUCUAUCAAGCAAUUAUUGACCACUAUAGGGUAGAUGCCAGGGGGACUCCGAAAAAAUACUUGGGAAACAAAUGUGGCAAUGAUAUGUCAUUACA